AUGACGACAGCGGCAUCAACCCCGGCCGAGACGGCGGGGCCCUCUCGGCCGUGCAACCGGUGCAAGGACCACGAAGGCACCAUCGACUUGCGGGGUGCCGAGUCUGUGUGCGAGACUUGCUUCGCAUACUACGUCUCCAGCAAAGCUAUCAAGCGCCUCGAGGCCCUGCAGCGGGAAACCGCCGCGCCUAGAUCUACCAAAGGCCCUAGACGGCCGCAGAGGUACUUGGUUGGGUUGUCAUGCGGGCCGUCGUCGACGGCGUUGUUGCACGUGUUGACGGAGAAUGUGCGGCAGCAGCGCGCGAGGGGGCAGAAGACGUCUCGGUUUGAGUAUGUUGCUGUGCAUGUUGUCGACGAUACUAUUCCUUCUUCUGUAAAGAGGGGAGGAGGGGAUGGGGAUGAUGAUGGGGAGGGAAAUAAGGACCCCUAUAUCGCUGCCUUCCGCACCCGCUUCCCAGACGCAAACUUGCAAACUGUCCCCCUGAGCUCCGCGCUCGAUUUACCUUCUAUCGACUGGACCUCCCUUCCCACUCCUCCCACCCCUCAAGAUCCCAGCACCACUCCCUCCCACCGUCUCUCCCAAAUCCUGCACUCCCUCCCCUCCACAACCUCCCGCGCCGACAUUCACCGCCUCCUAAUCCGCCACGUCCUCGUCGCCGCCUCUAGCACCCGGAGCUGCGACGCGCUCCUCCUCGGGCACAGCACCACCUCGCUCGCCGAGCUGACGCUCUCUGAGACAGCUAAAGGCCGCGGGUUCUCCUUACCAUGGCUCGUCAACGACGGCGCGGUACCCGUCCCUUCUAGUCUGAACCACGGGUUCCCUAGCAAUGGCAAUGGCAAUGACGAUAACAAUAAUAACAAUAACAUCGCCACGACCAACGGGGUACCAACAGAGACUGCCGGACACCUCCCCAUCUACAGCCCGCUGCGCGAGCUGUUCCGCAAGGAACUCGUGCUGUAUCUAUCACAGGCGUCGCCGCCGCUCAUCAGCAUUUUACCGCCGCGCGAAGCAGCCAAGAUCAACAAUAGCGCCGGCGCCGGCGCUGCCAACGGGAGCGGGGGUAUAGCUGCGGUAGUUUCGCACCGGGACCUGAGUAUCGACGACGUGCUGGGGCGGUACUUCAGCGAAGUCGAAGCCAGCUAUCCAUCCGUCGUCGCGAACGUCGUGCGCACGACGGGGAAGUUACUACGGCGGCCCGUAAAUGACGACCAUAGUCACGACUAUGAGGGGAAUAUUACAAACAGUAAUGCUAAUAACGGGCGAACCAACUGCGGUCUCUGCGGCGCACUAGUCGACGAACUAGGCGACGAGCGGUGGCGGGGUGAGAUCGGCGACGACGAGGACGGGAACGGGGACAGAGCGGAGACUAGACGGAAGCUAUGCUACGGGUGCCAACGGUCUAUACGCGGAUAG